CUUCACUUAAUCCGAUCUCACUUUCAAAAACACACACACACUUUCCGACGGCCAGUAAUGGCGGUUCCCGUCGACAUCAUCACCAAACCACCGCCGUCUUCUCCGUCACCGUCGUCUCUCCGGUUCGCCUUCGGAAAUGUUCUCGCCUUCUUCAUUCUGUUGUUGAUUGGAGUACUUGCAUUCUCGAUCCGUUUAUUUUCGGUUAUUAAGUAUGAAAGUGUUAUUCAUGAAUUUGAUCCUUAUUUUAAUUAUAGAGUCACUCAGUUCCUUACAAAGAACGGGAUAUAUGACUUCUGGAACUGGUUUGAUGAUCGUACCUGGUAUCCGCUUGGACGAGUCAUUGGUGGAACCGUUUACCCAGGGUUGACCUUGACAGCUGGAACUAUAUGGAAGGUGCUUCAAUCCUUAAAUAUUCCUUUGUCUGUUGAAACUGUGUGCGUAUUUACUGCGCCUGUGUUCUCUGCCUUUGCUGCAUGGUCAACAUAUCUCUUAACUAAGGAAGUUAAGGGAACAGGUGCUGGACUGACUGCUGCAGUUCUUCUGGCCAUGGUGCCAUCCUAUAUAUCCCGAUCGGUAGCUGGGAGCUACGACAAUGAAGCUGUGGCUAUCUUUGCUUUGAUCUUUACAUUCUAUCUCUACAUUAAGACUCUAAACACCGGAUCCCUAUUUUACGCUACAUUAAAUUCCAUUUCAUACUUCUACAUGGUCUGCUCUUGGGGAGGGUACACCUUUAUCAUUAAUCUCAUACCAAUGCAUGUGCUUCUUUGCAUCGUGACUGGUCGCUAUUCAUCGCGCCUAUACAUUGCAUACGCACCACUUGUUGUCUUGGGAACGCUACUGGCAGCAUUGGUGCCUGUUGUUGGUUUUAAUGCUGUCAUGACAUCAGAACAUUUUGCAUCAUUCUUGGUUUUCAUUGUCAUCCAUGUGGUGGCUCUUGUAUAUUACAUCAAAGGAAUUCUCUCUCCAAAGAUGUUUAAAGUAGCUGUCACCCUUGUAGUAUCUGUUGGCUUGGUGGUAUCUUGCGCUGUAGUAGCAGUACUUGUAGCAGUAGUUGCAUCUAGUCCUACAAAGGGAUGGAGUGGACGAAGUUUAAGUCUUCUUGAUCCAACUUAUGCAAGCAAGUACAUCCCAAUCAUUGCCAGUGUUAGUGAACAUCAACCACCUACAUGGCCCUCUUACUUUAUGGAUCUAAAUGUUUUAGCGUUCUUGGUCCCUGCUGGAAUUAUUGCAUGUUUUACUCCACUAUCAGAUGCAAGCUCCUUUGUAAUCCUUUAUCUUGUAAUGUCGGUUUAUUUCUCCGGUGUCAUGGUACGGCUAAUGCUUGUGCUUGCUCCUGCUGCCUGCAUUAUGUCUGGAAUUGCUCUUUCUGAAGCUUUUGAUGUUUUCACUAGAUCCAUUAAAUUUUACAUAUCUGGCCUAUCUGAGACUCUGCAGACUGAUGCAGGGGAGAUUGUAUCUGGUAAUAAGGCUUCUCCACAAACUGAUGUGAUAAAAAACGACAAAAAAGAGGACUCGUUAAAGGAACGGCCUUCAAGGAAAAAUAAGAAAAAAGAAAAAGAGAUUAUUGAAAAGCCUUCUGUCAAGUCUAAGACCGAAAAGAGGCCCCUGGUCUUGCCUGUUGAGGCAUCUUUUUUUGCUCUUUUCUUAACUGUGUUACUGGGUGCGUUCUAUGUGGUCCACAGCGUUUGGGCUGCUGCAGAGGCAUAUUCAGCUCCUUCAAUUGUCCUUACCUCUCAUUCACAUGACGGGCUUCAUGUCUUUGAUGAUUUUAGAGAGGCUUAUGCUUGGUUAAGCCAUAACACUGAAGUAGACGACAAAGUUGCAUCUUGGUGGGAUUAUGGUUACCAAACAACUGCAAUGGCAAACCGAACUGUCAUUGUUGAUAACAACACAUGGAACAACACUCAUAUUGCCACUGUUGGUACUGCCAUGUCAUCCCCUGAAAAGGCAGCUUGGGAAAUUUUCAACUCCUUGGAUGUAAAAUACGUCCUUGUUGUGUUUGGAGGUCUUGUGGGAUACCCUAGCGAUGACAUAAAUAAAUUCUUAUGGAUGGUGCGUAUAGGAGGAGGUGUGUUCCCACAUAUCAAGGAACCUGAUUAUCUGAGAGAUGGUCAGUACCGAAUCGACUCUCAAGCCACUCCAACCAUGCUUAACAGUCUCAUGUACAAACUAUCUUAUUUUAGGUUUGUGGAAACUGAUGGUGGUAAAGGAUACGAUAGAGUAAGGAGGACCGAAAUUGGAAAGAAGCACUUUAAGUUAACUCAUUUUGAGGAGGUAUUCACAACGCAUCAUUGGAUGGUGCGAAUUUAUAAAUUGAAACCUCAAAAGAACAGGAUUCGAGGGAAGACAAAGAAGUCUAAAUCGAAAAUAAGCUCGGCCACUUCGAGAACUGGAACGAUGAAGAAAAACCCAUGGCACUAAACCUUAGUUUCUUUGCUUAAAAGGGUAAUUAGAUGUGAUACAGUUUCAUUUUAUAGAACGGCUUUGACCAACCAAAGAUUUUGUAGCGAAUAUUGAUGGUGGAAGGAGUUCUAAACCACAGUUAAAGAGAUGAGUAGAUCCAAACUUUUUCUA